UGUUAAAAUAAUCCCACUCUUUUUAUAUUUUUUUCAUGACACAUCUCCAGCCAUGGCAUCAACAAGCUCUCUUUUCUCCCAAUUCACCCCUCAAUCUUUUACCAAAAUUCCAACCAAACCCCAAAUCACCCCAUCUCUCGUCUCUUCAAAACAACCUUGGAACACCAUCAAAUGGGCCCCUCUUCGGACACCAACCCCGAUAAAAUCGGCGGCCGGAAAUGGGUCAUCGGCCGGACUUUACUCGGCCCAAGAACUCGAGCUCAAUCCCCAAAACGUUGACACAGUUCUCGAGGAAGUCAGGCCUUACCUCAUUGCUGAUGGUGGAAAUGUCGAUGUUGUGUCUGUUGAAGAUGGCGUUGUCUCUCUCAAACUUCAAGGUGCGUGCGGAACUUGUCCCAGCUCAACUACAACUAUGAAAAUGGGAAUUGAAAGAGUACUGAAAGAGAAAUUUGGUAAUGCUGUUAAGGAUAUUCGCCAAGUAUAUGAUGAAGAAGCAGGGGAGACAACUGUUGAGGCUGUAAACAAUCAUCUUGACAUUUUAAGGCCCGCUAUUAAAAAUUUUGGCGGGAGUGUGGAUGUUUUAUCUGUUGCAGGUGGAGAUUGCCUUGUUAAGUAUGAAGGGCCAGAGUCCAUUGGAUCAGGAGUCAAAGCAGCCAUCAAGGAGAAGUUCCCAGACAUUGUCAAUGUUGUUUUUAGCACUUAAACUGCUACUGCAGAAGAUUUAGAAACUCUGUUACAGACAAUCUCUUGUUGCGGAGAUUUCAUAGCAUUACAAUGAUCUUAUAUAUACAAGGGAGUCCAAAAUUGUUGCAGAAUAUUCUUACUUAUAAUUUUUGUAUAACAUGGUAUUAGAUCAAAAUGAAUUCCCUUCUUCUCUUA